GUAAUGGGCCUACUAAAUAUUUUGGUCCUAGUCCCAUGGUAUUCGACCAUGCUACUAAGGUAGUAGAUAGGUUGGAGGAACUUCAGAGGGGUUGGCCCUAGGACUCCGGAGAGAUGUCAGAGAUGAUGCUUUAGAUAUGGUUGAUCGAAUGGAAUUCAGCUAUUUGUCUUUUAGCUAUAAGUAUAUAUAUCGCUGUUGGCUAAAUCUGUUGGGUUUCAAUCCUCCUCCACUGUUGCGUUCAUUCCCGGCCCACCCCGGACGAAGAGUAGGCAUGCUGAAAUGACUUCUCCAUGUGCUGCGGAUGCAAAUGAAUUUUGCAAGGGAAGACGAUUUGGUUUGUCCGUUCCCUCACGCCUUCUCCUCCUCAUGGAAUUAUCUCUCCGCCCCGGGAAGACCGUUCUUGUGAGCGAUAAAGAACGGCGUGCCCGGUGAGGAUAUUUAAUCUCCCAAAUUUGCCGGCACUCUCCUUAUAUCUUAUUCCCAGGCUUUUAUUCUUUUUUUGCUUCCUUUGGAUUUUGAUAGACUUCAUUGAUACCGUAUUGGCACGAUGCAUUUAUCCGUAUCUAUCCGUAUUUGUGUGAAUAGUUUUGUCGUCUUUUCCCAAGCGGCAUAUACUCUGAUAGACGACUAUACAGCGAGGACCUUUUUCCAGGCAUUUGAUUUCUUCUCGGGUGACGAUCCUACUCAUGGAUAUGUCAAUUAUCUCGAUCGAACCACCGCGAGAUAUCAGGGGCUAGUCUCUUCUACAGACGACGUUAUAUAUAUGGGAGUCGAUAGCACAAACGUCGCCUCCGGAAGAGGGCGAUCCAGUGUUCGAGUUAGCAGCAAGAAGGAAUAUGAUAAAGGCCUGAUAAUCACGGACAUUGAGCACAUGCCCGGUGGGAUUUGCGGGACCUGGCCUGCAUUCUGGACCGUUGGGCCAAACUGGCCUAAUAAUGGCGAAAUUGAUAUUGUGGAAGGAGUCAACACGCAAGCUACUAACUUAAUGUCCAUGCACACCAACUACGGUUGCAGUAUUACUAACUCGGGAAGUUUCACGGGCACCAUCCUGACAUCGAACUGCGAUGUCAAUGCUGCGGGACAACCCCCCAACGCCGGUUGUGGCAUCAGCUCCUCGGACACGGCAUCGUACGGUGCUGGAUUCAACGCAAAUGGAGGCGGAGUGUACGCCACAGAAAUAACAGCAUCUGCAGUCACCGUGUGGUUCUUCCCACGUGAUGAUAUCCCUAAGGAUAUCACUGCUAGAACCCCAGAUCCAGCGUCGUGGCCUAGGCCGAUGGCCCAGUUCCAGGGUCAAUGUGACAUUGCCGCUCACAUUAAGCUGCAGAGGAUCGUUUUCGACAUCACGUUCUGUGGCGAUUGGGCUGGUAAUGUCUGGUCUAGCAGCAGCUGUGCAGCGAGAGCUCCGACAUGCCGGGAAUUUGUGCAGAAUAAUCCGACCGAGUUCAAGGGCGCGUACUGGCUUGUUAAAUAUGUCCGUGUCUUCGCCAAGAAUGAUGCCGCAUAUUAACACGAGGAGCUUGACCCAGUUUCAUGUCAUUUUCUGAUGCUUUUCUUGGCUUAUUUCAAAUUUCGUUGGACCAUCGCAUGUUGCGUGUGUACAUGUACAUGUACAUACCCCAUUCGUUAUCAUGUACAUAGAUAUAGCCAUUGUUAGGAGUAUUCCUUGACAGAUCUCACAACAUUUUCAUGAUCCCAGUUAUAGAACGCUCUCAGGUGUAUAGAGCCCCCAAGGUGUGAUAGAGCCCCCCAGGUAUAGAGAUCCCCAGAUAGAGAUCCCCCAGAUAUAGAGACCUCCAGGUAAGAAAUCACC